UGCUUUUCGAUUAUCCAAUGUCAAGUUCAAUAUAAAGAACAGAAUUCACUCUCUGAGGGCAAAUAAGAGUGGUGGUCAUUUUGAUCACUUUGAUGAGCCAAGGUCUCUUAUCGUUCGAGUAAUCAACUGUACCUAACUUGGUAAGACUGCUGUUCAGUUCGAUCUCAUAAGCUAGCUGAAGCUUUACUUGAUCAUACCAAGUUAAUCCCGCUGCGCUCUUAUCGCUGUUUACUUUAGUAAUAGAGGUCCGUUGUUGUUACUUUGGGUUCAUCUUUGUCCCUAAUUUUCCAUCUGAGUGGAAAAUUUCAGCAUCCUAAGUGUAGAAAACAUCACUCUACUUCAUUUGGUGGAAUAAUCUUUAGCCGCGAUAUACCAAGCAAUACUUCAAAACUCAGGACAGCACAACCAAUUAUGAAUUUGAUAGGAGCAGCGCACAACUUCACGCUAAAUCAUCGCAGUGAAUUGAGCAAGGAUUUUUUCCUGCUAGGAGACGUGAGGUCUAUAGCCUUUUGUGUAGUGGCCUAUUUGUACAUGUGUUUCUAUGGACCUCGAUGGAUGCAGUCGCGGAAAGAGAUGCACAUCAAACCCAUUAUGCAGGCUUACAACAUCUUAAUGAUUGGGAUUAACGCUUAUAUUGGAUAUGAGCUCCUCUCCACUAUAUCGGGAUGCAACUGGCUUUGUGAGCCUGGAGAUUUUGCCGUGACCCCUAGAAAUACACGGCAUGCUCGGGCGCUGUGGCUGUACUACAUCUCGAAGAUCAUUGAGUUCAUAGACACUGCCUUCUUCAUCGUGAGGAAGAAGUUCACCCAUGUCUCCUUUCUUCACGUCUACCACCACGCCAGCAUGGCAGUCCUCAUGUGGACCACCACCACUUUCUUCCCCACUGGAGACACAUUUGGACCGGUCCUAUUCAACGUGGUGAUCCACAUCAUCAUGUACAACUACUACUUCUUCGCCGCCUUGGGACCCCAGUACCAGAAGUACCUCUGGUGGAAGAAACACCUCACCAAAAUGCAGAUCGUUCAGUUCUUCCUGAUCAUCCACCACAGUGUGAGUGCAUUGUACAUCAACUGUAACCCAGACUACAACUUCAUCUACUACUUCCUCUGCUUCUACAUGACCUCCUUCGUCUGCCUAUUCCUCCACUUCUACAUUCGAUCAUACAUCAGAGGAUCGAAUCCCAAGGAUGCCACCACCAACAACAUCGACAACAAAGCAACAUCCAGUCUCGCCAACGGCUCCUCCAAGGACUCCAACGUCGGCAGCGUCCACGACAAGAAGCAGGAAUAGAACAGUUGGAUUUGGAACCAAGGUCCCAAAGAGACUCGCAGACGCCGGGAUGUCAAAACACAAUCAAAUGAUGAAAAAAAAAAGAAAAAUUAUCAAAUACAACAGACAACAAAACGAACUCUUCACUAUGACAAAAUGAUCAUCAUACUUUGACGUACAAUCAUUUGAACUCACGUCAAAUAGCAUUGCCUUAUAUUAUAACAAUAACAUAUACACUGAUAACUUAAUGAGAACAUGCAAACUGUGUUUCUCGUUGCAAAAGAUGACAUCUUAGAAUUCCCUGAGUUGGUAUUGUAUUGUAACUAACUGCAAUAUUGACUGAAACUAAUUUGAAGACGGCAAAUUUGAAGUCAACAAAAACAUUCUGCAAUCCCGUUUCUCUGUGUUUUCUUGAUGUGAAUUUUUGUCUCUUUUUGAAUUAUUUCAACGAAUUCCAUAUUUGGAAGCAAAGUAUUAGCUGCUUCAUUAUUCGAUAUAAACAAUCUGAGUUUUCCGAUGAACUCUUAUUUAGCAUCAGACAAAAAACUGACCAAGUAAUAUGGAAUGUUUUUAAUAAUAUUAUUACCAAUGUGCUUGUGAUGUAAUCAAAUGUGUUCUGAAAAUUGUUGAAAUUCAGCAAACAUUC